AUGCUGUUGCCCGAUACCCCGUUGCGCUUCAGUCUCGACCCGAGUGGCAAAGCCGAAACCAGUCAAAUUGUCGUUGCGCUGCAAAAGACGGGUGUCUGGAGCCUCCUGUGCGAGUCCAACGCCGCAAAUGUCGCCGAAGUACUCGAUCGCAAGAUAUCGGAACUGCCCGCCCUCUCUGUGGGACAACUUCAACUCCUCGGAAUCGCCAGGGCAUUGGUCAAGAAGGCGGUUUUGGGAACCAAGCUCAAACCUGUUCUUCUGCUGGACGAGGCAACGUCAUCACUGGACACUGCGACGGAAUCGUUGAUCCACAACUUGAUUGACGAGGAGUUCUUCGGGCAGGGAUACACGGUCGUAGCUGUCGCCCACCGGUUGGGCGUUGUGACUGGUCGAAUUAGACCCAUGGACAUGGUAGUGAUGAUGGCCGACGGGGCAAUGAGGAAGGUUGGGGGCGCCGAAGAAGUGCUGGGAUCGGACUUUGUUUCUCCUUGGACUUCUUAG